AUGUCUCAGGUCGUGCUGCCCGCGCUCAUCCCCGACAUCCCGCGCAUCUACCAAAUCUACUUUGACGCGUUUCGCGCCGACAAGAUGGGCGCGCUGAUGCUGCGGAUCCUCUUCCCCGGCACGCUCGACGACGAGUUCCGCAAGGCGCACGCCGCCGGCACGCUCAGCUACUGGCACCUCAGCGACUGCCAGUACACCCUCAAGGUCGUGGACACGGCCACGGGCGCCAUUGUCGGCAUGGGCCUCGGCGACGCCUACCUGCGCGAGCGCACCGUGCCGGAGCGCGCCAACCACGGCGUGCCCUGGCUCGAGGGCGAGCAGAGGGAGCGCGCGGAAAAGGUGCUCAAUCCCUUGUGGGAGGUGCGCGAGAGGCUGUUUGGCGGCCGCCGUUACAUCUACUGCCAUGUCAUCGCCAUUGACCCCCAGUACCAGGGCCGCAAGGCCGGUGCCCUGAUUGUGCAAUGGGGCAUCGACCUCGGGGAGAGCGCCGGCCUGCCCGUCUAUUUUGAGUCGUCGCCGUCCACCGUCGGCCUGUACAAGAAGAUGGGCUUCGAGGUGCUCGACGAGCAGAUUGUGCACGACGCCGCCCUGCUCGGCACCGACGAGGACAUUGUGGUGCCGCUCAUGGUCAAGAUGCCAACGUGUGCCAAGGGCAUGUCAUUCAAGGAGUGGCGCGAGACGGGGUAUCCGGAAUUCACAAGAAAGUACCAACCAGUCAUCAAGGAGGCCCAAAUCACCUGUUAG